AUGGACAACAUGUUGAUGGGCAGAAUAGCAUCCAGCGAGUUGACAGUAGGAAUAAUCUUCCUGUCGCAGACUAUAAUUGCAAUUCUGGGCAAUUUCUCUCUUCUUUGUCAGUUCCUGUACUACAGAGAGUGCAGGGUGAGGGCCACGGAUUUGAUUUUGAAGCAUCUGACAAUAUCCAACUCCUUGGUCGUUCUCUCUAAAGGAGUGCCCCAGACCAUGGCGGCUUUGGGUUUAAAACAUUUCCUCGGUGAUUUAGCAUGCAGACUUCUUCUAUAUGCUCAGCGAGUGGGCAGGGGCGUGUCCAUUGGCACCACCUGCCUCUUGAGUGUGUUCCAGGCCGUCAGGAUCAGCCCCGUGAACUCUUGCUGGAAGGUCAAAUUCCCAAAGUAUAUUGGCAGCUCUGUUUCCAUCUGCUGGAUCUUGUACACAUUUGUAAAUUUAAUUUUUCCUGCAUAUGUGUUCUGUGUUUCUGGUCAAUGGAGCAGCAAGAACAUGACACGGAAAAGAGAUUUGGGGUACUGUUCCUACGUAGAUGAUGAGCAAAUCAGUGGCUCAGUAUACGCAGCCUUGAUAGCCUUCCCUGAAGUCUCCCUGUCUGGGCUCAUGCUCUGGGCCAGCGGCUCCAUGGUGCUCAUCCUGCACAGGCACAAGCGGCGGGUCCGGCACAUUCACAGCACUAAUGUCUCCCCCAGGUCCUCUGCCGAGUCCAGAGCCACCCAGAGGGUCCUUGUCCUGGGGAGCACCUUCGUGUGUUUUUACUUCCUCUCAUCCGUAUUUCAUGCUUAUCUCAUUUAUAAUCCUACUUGGUGGCUGGUGAACACCUGCAGCCUAAUUUCUGUGUGUUUUCCGACUGUCAGCCCCUAUCUGCUCAUGAGCUGGGGCUCCACUGUACCCAGGCUCUGCUUUGUGUGGGUAAGGAACAUGAAAUCCCCUCCUCUUUCCAGAAGGAAGUAA